AUUUCUCCACUCUAACGCUCCCUCUCCAGCUCCAAGAAGUGUGUCUUUUUUCACUAGGAUCUUAGGAACUCUUAUGAGUGUUUAGGAGUAGUAUAGUUGUUCAUACAGAUAGUGGGGAGAGGAUGGAGGCGUUCAUCCACGAGGACUACGUGAACAAGCGCAACGAGGUGAGGAGGGAGCAGAGGCGGCGGCAGCUGCAGAUGCUGCAGGUGGGGGGCAACCCCGGCGCGUCCCGGGAGGCGCUGCUGGCGAGCCAGGAGAGCCCGAGGGUGCCGGACCAGUGCCUGACGCCGACCGGCGUGUCGCCGUCCGGCGUCAGGUCCCCGGCGGCGAGCGCGAUGUCGCCGGCCGGGGAGGCCGCGGGUUGGCCGUCGGAGCACCGCCGGCUCUUCGACUGCCUCAAGCCGUACUAGAGCGCGCGAGCGGCCAGAUGCUGGCUUGUCGUUCGGUGUCCAACCGAAUAAGCGUGAAGUUCGUGGUGCUGGAGUUACCUCUGCUCAUCUAAAUUUCAGCUUGUUUUUGGUGUUCGUUUCGGGCCGUGAUCGGCCGUGUAUGCGCACCAGGUUGAAUUAAGAUGAUGUUGGCAUGAGCAUGUACUAGCGUGAGGCCGUUCUGGUCUGUUCCAGGGUCUGGCGAUGCUUGAAUUCAGCGACUGAGCUGAGCAAUCUCUGCUGUUCAUGUUCACUUGGCCCAUGUCGCGUGAUAAGAUGUGUAAUGUGUUCCAACUUAUAGAUCAGCGGUUAGCCUACGAAGAAUGGAAGGAAAACAAACAGUGCCUACUCCUAUCUCAAAAUUCCUCCGGGUUUAGAGUCUAAGAACUAUUGUAAUAUUUAAUCGUGUAUAUAUAUAUAUAAGAUGGAUAUUGAGACCGGUUUAAUCC